AUGAAUUAUGGAAAUGACUGGGACAUGUACUUGGUUCCCUCCUACGUAGGCACCCAAAUAUGGGGGGUAAACGGGGCUGCUGUACUUCCGGUCGCUGCCGUCGUCACCGAGGGCUUUGCCCGGCCCGCUCUCGGGCUUGUACUGCUGGUCGGAGGCGAAGCAGGGCAGAUAGUCCCCCGGGUGGCCGGGCCGCGGCUUGCCGGAGCCGUUGGCGGCGGCCAGGUCCUUGUCGGCGUAGCAGCAGGAGCCUCCCGCGUAGUCGUAGGCGGGCCCGCGGCUGCAGGCGAGGACGGUGGUGGCGGCGGCGGCGGCGGCGGCGGACUGCUGGUAGAAGCCAGUGAAGGAAUAACAUCCACGUCUGUUAUGAGUCAACCUCGCCCCCCCAGCAGAGCCCCCGAGACCCACAUCUGCUCAACAGCAGCGCUGCCAGAGACGGGAUCUUCUCAGAUGAACACAGGCGACGUCUGCCGGGGCGCACUGCUGAGUGGAAGAAGGUUCUGGCUGGCAGGAGCCCCUUCGACUUUGACAGCUGUCGUUUUGGCUGCGCCGGAGACGAAUCGCCCUCCUUUUGGUGCCAGAAGAAGCAGGAAAUUAGCCAGGCUGCGAGCCGAAAAUCUGCCACUCCAGUGCUUUGAAUCCAAUCUGCCACACCUUCCGGCGGAGGAGCUGGAAAUUGCCAUCCAAGACCCGCGUUCUGGGCGGCUGUUGGAGCCGAACCUCCAUGCUGCCCGGCUCCCCAUUGACUCGCGAAGGGCUCACGAGCACCGGGGGUGGGGCGGGGGGACCGAGAAGCCGGAGAGAUCCGAAGCAGGACUGAGCUGAGCAAAAGAAUGCAGCUCUAUUCUCGCCAGGGAAAUUAUAAAAAAGUUCAUGUUCACGGUUACCAUCCACAUGACCGUCGGCGACCAAUGGAGGAACCGAACCACUCAUAAAGUUGUAUUGCAAAGUUGUAAAUUUUCAUAAACAACAACGGAUUUAUGGCCCUUUUCCUCAUCACUAAGAAAGAGGCAGGACUUAGAGAGGCGCCAUUUUACCAGAGAGGCAGACCUAGAUUUUUAAAGGACCCACCGUUUGGAUUCCCUUGUCAUCAUUAUUAGGAAAAUUGCGCCGAAGGCUUUGCGAAUACCGGAGCCUGCAGUGCCUGCUGCCUUCGCGGCUCCUCUUCGCCUAGCACUUUUACGCAUUUUUCUUCACAAUUUCACUGUUAAUUGUGCUAUUUAAAAAACAACAACAAAAAACCCGAUCUGGCUCAUUAAAAGAAAAAAAGAAUUGCUUGUAUGGAAAAUAUUUGGCAAUAUGAGCUCUUUUUUUUGGGUAUAUGCCUUACAAAUACAUAUGUGUGUAUAUGUGUGUGUUUAUAUACACGCACGCACACAAUUUCCUGGGGUGAGGACUCCCGUGCAUCCCGCACGGGGCUUUUUAAACCCGCCGUAUUCAUGCCCUUUAUCCCAGGAAUUUCGCAUUGCUACGGGCCCAGAUGAGGAUUCCCGUUUAUGCCACAGAAAAUGGCUCUUAACCCGUCAAAUCGAAAGCCUGCUUAUAUUUCGAAGGCUAAACGGGGGAGACCUGAACCUUAUGCCUAUUUGCUUAGAAGCGAUUAUCACCGAACUGAAUGCUAUGGACUUCGGAGUAGGUUUGGGAUAAGGAGUGCUUGCGAGUCGGCCAUUCAGGUGAACAAAGGUUUUUAAUGAAUACUUCUCUUUUCUAUCCCCCCCCCCCAUGCCAGUUCGACUACUGCUUCGGCUCUGAUCCCGGGCAUAUUACACGGAAGUAACUUUUACAAUUACAGCGGAGCUGACUUCCAGGUAGUAGGGUAGGGGUAUGGAAUGUUUUCGGGCAUUGCUAAGAAACCUUCCCCACCCACCCCGUCUGACAUGUGUGUGUUUGUGUACUGUACACGUGUGUAUUCGCACACCCAACAAAGAAAGACCACCUAUUGUCAACAAGCAUUUUUAUUUCUGUGUAACAUAAAACACACUGAAUACACGAAAGCACUUCCAAAGAGAAUUCACGCACAUUCAACUCCCCCCCCAUUUAUUCUUUUAAAACACAGAAUACCUCAAUGUUCACAAUGAACACAUCGAAAAGCACAUUGUAACAUACAAUUUAUGAAUAAAGUUUAGCCAAAACUUUUCCAGGCGCAAUUUAUUUGUACAGAGCUCGUUAACAUGGCACCAUGCUACAAAGUUACCCCAAUUCAGCACAGGUUUCCCAGCUUAGGGCGUGAUGUGAAGCCCAAGACAACGGAGAUGGCCGAAGGUGCCCCCCAACAUACAAGAUGUGCUAAUUGUUCGCGCAGUUUCAUGCGUAUUCCAUUCUGGUCGUCAGGAGGACUCGGGGAAAGGUGGCGGGGAAUCAGGUAUAUGGCAGCUGCCUAGAUUAACAAGAGGGGUCCCCCCCCCCAACUGUAUCAAGCA